ACAACAGGGAUAUUCCUUGUCGACGGAAAAUCAGAGAUCAGUCGAUCACAAAGAAGAAAGAAGCUCCGCCCGCGAAAGAUUGAAUCGCGCGCCACAAAAGUCGUCUGCCCAUUUUCCUUGUGAUUCAGUUUCAUUCAUCGCUCAGAUCGUGUGUAGAACAGAUCUGUAGUGCGGUUGAGGAUUUUGCAACGGUGGAGAAUGUAUCGGCGUGGAGGUGGUGGUUGUAGUGGAUGCUUACGGAUAUUAUCAGUGGUUUUAGUGUUAUCUGAAGUUCUUUGCUAUGAAUAUCAGGAGUCCUAUCUCGAGGAACUUACAUUGCAUGGACUCUUCCCAAAUGUUUUCAAUCUUGCUGCUAGCUCAGUUAUAACAGUAAAUGCUACUUGUGGUGAAACUGGACCAGAAGUCUAUUGUAAAUUAGUUGAACACGUAUAUUUACGAGAAAACGAAGCUUCUUUAAGAAAUCGAGAAUCUCAAGAUCAGUGCGGAGUUUGUGAUGCAAAGAGCACUAGUCAAGAUAAAAAGCAUCCAAUUGAAAACGCAAUAGAUGGAACAAAUCGAUGGUGGCAGAGUCCUACUCUUCAAAAUGGAAAACAUUAUGAAUGGGUUACCAUUACGUUAGAUCUGAAACAGGUAUACCAAAUAGCUUAUGUGAUAGUCAAAGCAGCCAUUUCUCCACGCCCAGGCAAUUGGAUUUUGGAAAGGUCAUUGGAUGGAAUUAUUUACCAACCAUGGCAGUAUUAUUCCCUAAGUGACAAAGAAUGCUGGGACGUCUAUGGUAUCAAGCCAACUGUUGGUAAACCGCAUUACAGGGCAGAUGACGAAGUUAUUUGUACAUCCUACUAUUCGAAAUUGAAUCCUUUGGAAAAUGGAGAGAUUCAUACAUCCCUUGUUAAUGGCAGACCUGGUGUGGAUGGUCCCAGUAGUAAAUUAAUGGAAUUUACGAAAGCCAGGUACGUAAGAUUGAGGCUGCAGAAAAUUAAGACUCUUCAUGCUGAUUUGAUGACUAUGCAGAUAAAAAAUCCUGAAAAUACUGACAAAGCUGUUUCAAGAAGAUACUUCUAUUCCAUAAAAGACAUUUCUGUAGGUGGUCAAUGUGCUUGUUCAGGACAUGCUGCUACUUGUGUUUCAGAUCCUGUAACUGGGAAACUUCAAUGUCAAUGUGAACAUAACACAUGCGGUGACAAUUGUGAUAAAUGCUGUCCAUUAUACAAUCAGAAACCAUGGAAUCAAGGAACUAGCAACAGCGCUGCAGUUUGUGAACAGUGCCAGUGUUAUGGUCAUUCAGAUCAAUGCCAUUACGAACAAAUCGUCGCUGACAAGCGUCUAAGCAUUAAUGUUCAUGGGCUAUAUAAAGGUGGAGGAGUCUGUGAUAAGUGCAAACAUCAUACAACUGGAAUCAAUUGUGAGCAAUGUGAAGAUGGCUAUUAUCGCCCAUCAAAUGUUCUAAGAAAUCACACUAGACCUUGCAGAAAGUGUCAGUGCACUGGUGUUGGAAUGACAGGAUUCUGUGUUAAAGAUGAUUCCCAUUUAAUGGAAGGACUGAAACCAGGGUCUUUCGUUAUUUCCAGUUUCUCAUUUCAAUGUGGGGAACCAGGUGACUGUUUCUGCAAAACUGGAUUUUCUGGAAAAAAUUGUGAUGAGUGCGAUAUUGGAUACAAAAACUACCCGUCAUGCGAACCAUGUCCUUGUUAUACUGCUGGUACUGUUGGGAGUUCCAUAUGUGAAGGCGAAUGCAUAUGCAAAACUCAUGUAGAAGGCUCUAGAUGUGACAAAUGCAAGCAAGGCUACUAUCACCUAUCUCCAGAUAACCCUGAUGGAUGCUCACAGUGUUUCUGUUUUGGAAUCACUGAUGAGUGCACUGAGUCUGAUUGGGGUGUUAACAUUGUUCAAAAUAUUGAAGACUGGCGAGUAACAGACUUGAGAGGAACGCGUAUCGUUAAACCAACUCCAGAAAAUGGAAAUGUUGUUAUCGCCAAUGAUGAUGUAACUUCAUUUAGCACUUAUUAUUGGUUAGCUCCACCAGAUUAUUUAGGAAAAAAGCUUUAUUCCUAUGGAUCAGACCUGAAAUUUACUUUGAGUUAUGUAGUUGCUAGAGGGGACACGUCUGGAACAUACACUGAAAACGCUGACGUUGUUUUAGAGGGAAAUGGCCAGCAGAUAGGAUACAAUUGGGGAAUCAGGCCAGAAGAGGAUGAGGUGGCCAUCUCUAUACCUUUGCGUGAACAAGGGUGGUUUCUAUUAUCUCCACGAGAAGAUGGAACUAAUUCUGUUACAAGAGAAGACUUCACUUUGAUUUUAAAUGAUUUGACAAAACUUUUAAUUCGAGCGAAAUUUCACACUGAUCAAAUCGAAGGAAGGUUGCAUAACAUUGGAAUGGAAGUAGCUUCAAAUGAUUCCAACAGUUUAAGAAAAAUAGGAUCAGUGGAGAAAUGUUUUUGUCCUCUUGGAUACACUGGUUUAUCCUGUGAACUGUGUGCCCCAGGAUAUAAAUCAAUUACAGGUCCUAAAGUAGGUCACAUUUGUGAAAGAUGUGAUUGUUAUAAUCAUGCAGAAUCCUGUGAUGGGCCGGAUGGACGUUGUGAGAAUUGCAUGCAUCACACCACCGGACUAAAAUGUGAUCGUUGCAUUCGAGGUUAUUAUGGAGAUGCAAAAAUUGGAACGCCGGAUGACUGCAAACCAUGUGCCUGCCCCUUAGAAAACCCUGAAAAUAAUUUUUCCCCUUCCUGUACGGCUAUUACAGCGCCAUCUGGAGACAGUGAUUACAUAUGUGAUAGGUGUGCUGAAGGAUAUGAAGGCAAUAAGUGUGAAAGGUGCUCUGAUGGCUACUUUGGUAACCCACAGGUUCCAGGUGGGUAUUGUCAAAAAUGUGAUUGCAGUGGCAAUGCUGAUACAUCUGUUAAAGGUUGGUGUGACAGUUUAACUGGGCAGUGUCUUAAAUGUCUUGGAAAUACUGCUGGUUGGAAUUGUGAUGAAUGUAUGCCUGAGCAUUUUGGAGAUGCAUCAAGGCGUUACUGCGAACCUUGUUCUUGUAAUCCCGAAGGAUCUUUAAGCUCUCAGUGUGACCUUGUUACAGGACAGUGCAUUUGUAAACCUGGUGUCAUUGGCAGAACUUGUAAUCGUUGUGCUGACGGGUAUGGAAAUCUUGAAGCUGGUUGUGAACCAUGCAAUUGCAACAGAAUUGGUUCUCAUUCAGAAGUGUGUGACCCAUCAUCAGGCCAUUGCAGUUGCAAACCAGGAGUUUUUGGCACAACAUGUGAUUCAUGCCUGGAAGGUUAUUAUGGAUUUUCUAGCCGUGGCUGUCAAGAAUGUAGGUGUGAUCGAUUGGGCUCAGUAAAUUUACAGUGCAAUGAAAAUAAUGGACAAUGUUCAUGCAAACCACAUGUCAUUGAAAGAGCUUGUGAUCGCUGCCAAGACGGUUAUUGGAACCUACAAUCUGGAAAUGGAUGCGAAGAAUGUCACUGCAAUAGGACUGGUUCAUUAGCAUCUGUUUGUGACAAAAACACUGGGCAGUGUAAUUGCAAACCUGGAAUCGGUGGAAAAUUUUGCGACCAAUGUUCACCAGGAUAUUUCAUGUUUUCGCCACAAGGUUGCCGAGCAUGUGAACCUUGCAAUAAACCCGGUCAUAUCUGCGAUCCAAGAAAUGGACGCUGUGUUUGCCCACCAUACACAACUGGUCAGAGGUGCCAAAAAUGUGUUCGACAUGCUUGGGGUUAUGACCCCCUUCAUGGAUGCAAGCCUUGUGAUUGUAAUCGCCAAGGAUCACCUCAGCAAAGUUGUGAUCCCAACACAGGAAAUUGCAUUUGUCUUGAAGGUUUUGAAGGUAGACACUGUGAUCAAUGUCGUCAAGGUUUUUUCAACUUUCCUAAAUGCAAUAAGUGUGAUUGCAAUUUUGAUGGCACGGUAGAAACACAUUGUCGUGAUACAGUAUGCCAAUGUAACAAUGCCGGGGACUGUCCUUGCAAACAACUUGUUACUGGACGAAAAUGUGAUAAAUGUGUCGAUGGAGCUUUUGGACUUAGUGCUGACAAUAAGAAAGGAUGCUAUGAAUGUUUCUGCUUCGGAAAAACAAGAAUAUGCAAUCAAGCUAACAUGUAUUGGACAAAGGCAUCUUUUCCUUCUCGUGAAAUAUUUGUAGAAGUUGGGACAACUGAAAUUCCCACCUUAUUGGGCUUCCAAGUUUUUCCAGAAGAAGUAACAGCAAAACGCAUUGGUAUACCUUAUGUCCUAGACAAACCCAUGUAUUGGAGUUUACCUAAAGAUCAUUUAGGAGAUAAAGUUUUAACUUAUAAUGGUUAUUUGAACUUUCAUAUUGAAAGCCGAGCUUCUUCAAAAUUUCCAGACAAGUUUUUAGAAAGUUAUCCUUUGGUAAUGAUGCAAGGGAAUCACAGAAUCACACUUUAUCAUUCUGGAGAAAUUCAUUCAUCCAACGCUUUUUAUAGUAUCAAGCUGCACGAGGAUGAGUGGAAAACGUUUGAUAAUCCACUGUUACCUGUGACUAAAAGUGCAUUGAUGGUGGCUCUCCAAAAUUUGCAAUACAUUCUCAUUCGUGGAGUAGAUGGUCCGGACGUCAAAUAUGCCCGGUUACUUAAUGUUAGUAUGGAUGUUGCAUCUCCAACUUAUGCUCUUGCUCCGGCAAAAGGUGUUGAAAUGUGUAGAUGUCCACGUCAAUAUACUGGUACUUCUUGCCAGGAUCCUGCUCCAGGAUAUUACCGGAAAAGAAAACCUAAUUACCUAAACAGCAAAGAUGUUUUAGAUUUAGUUGGAUGGGCUGAACCAUGUGAAUGCAAUAACCACACAAAUGUUUGUGAUAAGGAAACUGGCGUGUGCAUAAAUUGUGGAGGAAACACAAUGGGAGAACAUUGUGAUCAAUGUAUUAAAGGAUAUUAUGGUGAUCCAUCUCGAGGCCCAUGCAGACCAUGUGCGUGUCCACAUCUCACCAAUAGCUUUAGCGAUACUUGUGUACCUGAUGCCUUAGAUUAUACUUGUAUUAAUUGCCAAGCUGGAUAUACAGGACGACAUUGUGAAAAAUGUGACUUGGGAUAUUAUGGUGAUUUGACUGUAGAAACUGGAAAGUGUCAACCCUGUAAUUGUAACCCAUAUGGUUCUCGAAGAAGAGAAUGUGACUCAAGAACUGGUCAGUGUCAGUGUAAUGAAGGAGUUAGUGGAAGAGAUUGUACUGUUUGUAAUCCUGGCUAUAUCUUAACUGAAUAUGGCUGCAAAUCUUGUGAGGAUGAAUGCACUGGAAUUCUUCUGAGGGAACUUUAUGACAUGAAGUUGCGCUUAGAUAGCACAAAUCUGACUGACUUACCUAGAUUGCCAUGGGGAUAUCUGGACAAAAUUUCAAAUGAAGAAAAACGAUUAAAACCUCUUGUUGAUGAUUAUCAAAGAAAUGUUACUAAAGGAAAAGAUCUUGUAGAUAAAUUUACAUUCUAUUUGGAGCUUGAAGCUAAAGCAGACAUGCUUUUAGUUAGAGCCAAAGGAUAUGUAGGAAAAGCAAAAGAUACUUCCGUGGAUGCAAAAGAUACAUUUGAUGAAGCAAAAAAAUUGUUAGAAGAAUUGAACAAAAUGAGACAACAUAUAAAAGAUUUAGUGGCUGAAUUGGAAGCACAGGGUAAAGAUCCUACUGGUCCCGGUGUCUCUGUGGAGAGAAUGUUGCGUGAGGCUGAAAGAAUGCUUCAGGAAAUUAAAUCCAGACAAUUUGGACCUGAUAAAGAAAAUGCAGACAGAGAAUUAAGAAAAGCACAAAAUUUACUCAACAACAUAAAAAAACUCACACUAGACCGUGCACGAGUUGAUGACUUAAAAGACAGAUUAAAACGGUUAGAUGAAGUGCUGUCUGAUAUGAUUAAAAACAUAGAUGAAAGUGUGAGAAAGCCAAUGGAGAGAACUUUAGAAACCUUAAAGGUUGGAAGAGGACGAGAAAGAGAAGUCAAUGCAAUUGUGGGAGAAAUAUACGAUUUCGUUGAUUCUGCUAAUAAGACUUUAAAGGAGGCUGAUGAAUUACUUGGUUUAGCUAAUGGAGCCAUUAUUGACGCAGCUGUAAAAUUUGAAUUCUUACCGCGACUAUUAAGAGAUUUGGACAACGCCACCAACCAAUUAGAUGAACAUCAAAGCAUUUUAGCACGUUUGAAUCCUCUGUACAAAGAAAAAUAUGUUAUUCCAGCUCAGAAACAUGCAGAUGAAUUGGAAAGACAAAGUGAACUCCUUGCAAAUUUAUUCCGAGCUACUAAAGAUUUGUCAAAACUACCUUUGGAAGCUGCAAAAGCUUAUCAACGUAUCGUCGAUGCUAUUCUUGCUGCUGACUUAGCUGCACGAGAGGCUGAAAUAGCUGCAGAAAAUGCAUAUCGCCAGGCCUAUCCAGAUAUUGGGGACGCUCUUACUGAGCAGGCAGAUAAAGCUAGAGCAAAAAGCCUCCAAUUAUUGUUGGAAGCACAGAAACUAAAUGAUGAGAAAGUUCCUGAAUUGGAAGAAAAAAUGCGAGAAAGAAAAAAUGAUUUGGACAAUCUUGCUGAAGAUCUUGCCUUUGGAAAAAGAAGCAAUGAUAUAAUUAACCGAGAACUAGAUACACUUCCUAAAGGUGUUAAACCCAUUUUAGAUGGUGCAGUUAGGGCAGCCAAAACAGCUGAGGAUCAAGCUAAUAAUGCUAACAGAAGAGCUGAUGAGCUCUUGCAAAGAUUAGACAAUGAUUUAACACCAAAAUUUGAAUCGAUUCGGGCUGGAAGUGUUAGUGGUUUAGACAAUUUAACCAGAAUAAUUCAGAAAGCGAGAGAAGAUACCAAAGAGGCAUCAAGGUUAGCUGAUAGUGCAGAUUCUAAAGCUAAAAGAGUCAGAAAACAGCACGAAUUGACAAAAUUGAAUUUGAAGGAGCUUAAAGACAAAAUACUGUUAGCACGCCAAAAAGCAUCUAGUAUUCGAAUUGGAUUAACUUCUGACACAUCUGGAACUUGUAUGCGAUCCUAUAGUCCCACUAUAGAACCAUCCACCACCAAUAACAUAGUUCUGAACUAUGCAACAAAAUCAAAUGCUGAAGACAGCUUAUUAUUUUUUAUUGGCAGUUCUAAAGAGGAAGAUUUCAUGGCUAUUGAGAUGGUAAACAGAAAAAUACGAUUUCUUUGGAAUGUUGGGGGUGGUACUAAAGUAAUUGUUCACGACAAGGAAAUUGAAACAAACAAUGAACAACUUUUGAAAAAUAGUCAGUGGUUCAAGAUUGAAGCUAACAGGAUUGGCAAUAUUGGCACAUUAAGCGUUAAAAGAACACCCGAUGGUCAAAAACCUGAUCCUUUAGAAGUCACUGGUUCAUCACCUGCAGGAUACACAAAAAUGGAUUUGGAUUCAUCCUCCAACUUCUUCGUUGGAGGUUUUCCAGACAACUUUUUACCUCCAAGCGAGAUAAUUACAUCAAAAUUUUCUGGUUGCUUGUAUGAAGUGCUUCUUGAUGGCAAACCGGUUGGAUUGUGGAAUUUUAUGACAAAUUUAGGCUGUGAUGGAUGUAAAGAAGGAGCAACUGAAGAUAUUGAUAUCAGUGCUUAUGAGUUCCAAGGCGGGAACAGUUAUGCCAUUGUUCCUCAGACCCCAUUUUAUAAAAAGAGUGCUUUAUUUGCUGACCUGAGUUUUAAAACAUUGAAUGAAGAUGCUUUAUUAUUCCUGGUUUGCAAUAAUGAAAAAGGUCACAUGAUAUCCUUAGAGUUGACAGGAGGUAAAAUUGUUUACCAAAUAAUGUUUGGGAAUCGAAACCAUAUUCGAAUUGAGAGUAAAAAGAAAUAUAAUACAGGAGAAUGGGUGUCUGUUGAAGCUGCUAGAGAAGAUUUUGAAGCUCAAGUUACUGUACAAGAUGAAAUUCUGGAUGACACGUUCAGAGGAGGUUCUUCUGAUUUGGAUCUUAAACACAGCUCUCUGUAUUUUGGUGGAGUACCACCAAACUUCACAAAAGAAAGCUGGCCAGGAGUUACAUUUACCAAUUUUUUUGGAUGCAUGAAGGACUUGCAGUUGGAUGCAACUCCUGUUGAUCUAUCUAAAGGAAGCUUUUAUGGAAUGAAUGUUGGAUGUUCAAAUAGGCCUAUGAAAAUUGCUACAUUUAAUGGAGGAAGUUACCUAGAGCUGAAUGGUCAUGCUUUACCCAUGGAUUCUGGCAUUAGCUUUUCUUUCAUGACAAGUCAAGCUGAUGGAUUGUUAGUUUUAUCAACUUUCAAAGGACAAAAUCGAGCUAGUACUAAGGAACUGCAGAAUUACUAUUCCAUAGCUUUAAAAGAUGGAAGAAUCGUUGCCAUUUUCAAUAGUGGAGAUGGAGAAGUGCUAAUAACUUCCGAGAGAACACUGAGUAGAAAUGCGUUGCAUACAGUGAAUAUAAUUAGAAAAAACAGACGAUUGGCAUUGCGAUUGGACGAUGAAGCAGACUCAGAUAUUCGGUUGCCAAAAGGAGCUAAAGAAAUUCUAAGUCCAAAAGAAGGCGGUCUCUUUUUUGGAGGAGUCAAACGAGGUAUUGAUGUUGGAAGUAUGGCUGCAAGUCAACAGCCUUUCAUUGGAGUAAUUCAAGAUGCUAUUUUUAAUGACAAGUUAUUAAGAUUUGAAAGUGCAAUUAAUCACAAAGGUGUUGACUUUGGAUUACCUCCAGACCAACAGUCUGUUAUGGAAGAAUUCUUCUUGCAAAUGGCACCAUCUCUUCCAAAUGAACAUUGUGCUCCAGAUCUUAGAGCAGAAGAAAAUGCCGUCAGCCAUCAAAGUAGGAGACCGAUUCAUAUUCCACAGAACAAGAAGGAUAUUAUACUCAGCUUUAAUAUGUCUUUGGAAUAUAGAACAUUUUAUCCAGAUGGAAAUAUCAUUUCACUUUCAAAUGAGCCAAAGAAAUUACAUUUAUCAAUGUUCUUAGAAAAAGGAAUGAUAAAGAUGCAUUAUUCGUACAGAAAGGAAAAUAAAACUGAAAACAGUAAUAAAGAAUUAAUGAUUGGAAAGUGGCACAAGAUCGAUCUUUUAAAAAAAGGAAAACACUUGACUGUUUUCUUGGAUGAUCACCAUAGUGUAUUACUUCCUGUUCCUAAAAAACUACCAUUUAAAAGUCUCAAUAUAGGAGGCAUACCAUUGACAUCUUCAACCCACAAUGAGCUUUUGAGAAGUUUUAAGGGAUGUUUCCGAAACUUGGAAAUCAAUGGAAAAGACAAGAAGAUACCAUCUGAUAUUUCUUGUUUUAAACAUGUCGAUUUUGGAACCUUUUUCACUGGAAAAAGCUACGUGGAACAAGAUCAUGGAUUUCAUCUAGGAAAUGAAAUUGAGCUAAAUUUUGAAUUCCGAACAGUGCAAUACAUUGGGACUCUUUUUAGUAUAUUUUCAAGAUUUAGUAACACUUGGUUCGAAAUUUCACUAUCUGAUAAUUCGAUAAUAGCUACAUUAUAUGAAACUUCACCACAAACUAAAGCAAAAUUAGUUAAAAAACUGAAAUAUGUCGAGUCAUGUGAUUACAAGUGGCAUAGCAUUCAGAUGCUUUUCAGAGACAAUCAUUUCACGCUGAAUGUUGAUGAUUUCCGUCCAGUUGAAGAAAAGAUAAAAGAGAAAGCAAAAGAACUGAAGUUUGCUGAAAUAUACAUUGGAGGAAAACCAGACAAACAUCCCUACAAGGAAGAAGGAGAAGCAAACUUUUCGGGUUGUCUUCGAGGAAUAACUUUGAAUGGAGAAGUACUACAAAUUAAAAAUCCUGAGACAGAUGCAAAUGUUGUGCAGUACAUGUGCCCACAAAUAUAAGUGGACAAUCGUGAUAUUUUAUUUAUGUAACUAUUUAUUAACAGCUUUUAAAAGUAGGUACUUGUAUCAUUUUUGUAAAUUCUAAUAUAUAUAUAUUUAUGUGUAUGGAUAGUAAAUAAUUUCAUUGUUUAUAGAGUGUGGCAUUAAUAUUUAAUGUAACAUAUUUUUUGACUGACAUUGUAAUUUAACAUCUGUAAUUAGAAUAUUAUGUAUUUUGUUACAAAUCAAAUAAAUAUAUUGUUUUAAUUUUU